AUGCCUGGUUAUAUUGCUCAAAGGCUGUUGAGCCAGGAUUGUGUUCAAUGGGCAGUGUUGGGGAGACGUCAAGUGUCGGAAUGGUCAGUGUGUGGUGGGGCGGCGGCGGCGUGCGGCGGGCCGGCCGCCACGCCGGGCUGGCUGGAGCGCCUCGCCAAGGACCUCGCCGCGCGCGCGCCCUCCUCGCACCGCCUCAAGACCACCGCCGCGCCCAACCCCACCGAGCGACGCUUCGCCGCCUGGAUCGGUGGGUCCAUCCUAGCGUCGAUAGGUUCCUUCCAGCAGAUGUGGAUAUCUUCGCAGGAGUACGACGAGGGCGGCAAGGGCCAGCUGGAGAGGAAGUGUCCGUGAUGUAGCACUGUGUACAUAUAUAUACACACGUUCUUAUAUAGCAGUUGAGGAUAGCUGGUACAUGUAAUUAUAUAAGGAUUUUGUACGAGAAUUCACGUUUAUUUGUGAUACCCAGAGUCGGAUUGAACCUAUAGAGUGGCCUAGGCAAGUGUAAUACCUCAUAGGUUAUAUUGCUUUUGUUUAAAAAAAAAAUGUUGCCCCACACUAGGAUUUUCUCCUGUGUCGUGAAUGCGUUUACAAACAUACAAUUUCACAUACACAUGACACCCAGACCCGAAACAACAAUUUGUGGAUCACACAAAGAGUUGCUCCGUGCGGGAAUCGAUCCCGCUACCCGUUGCGCGGCAGCCAGUUGCCCAGCCACAGCACCAACCGUGCAGUCUAUAUGUGGUGAGAAUUUAGAUUAUCCACCUAA